AUGAAGAGAUAUAAUAAUGUAAUUUUAGGAGAAGUGAUUGUUGCUGGAGAUGACAUUUAUGGUGGUUCUGAUAGGUUGCUGUCAAAAGUAAUUCCAAAGACAGGGGUCGUGGUGAAACGAGUUGAUACAACUAGUUUAGAUGAAAUAGCAUCUGCAAUUGGUCCCUGGACAAAGCUUGUCUGGCUGGAGAGUCCAAAAAAUCCUCGACAAAUGGUUUCUAAUAUUCGUGAAAUAGUUAAAAUGGCUCAUGCUCAUGAUGCUCUUGUCUUGGUGGAUAACAGUAUAAUGUCUCCUGUAGUGUCACAACCUCUGGAACUAGGAGCUGACAUUGUUAUGCACUCAGCUACCAAGUUCAUUGCUGGGCACAGUGAUGUGAUGGCAGGUGUACUGGCUGUAAGAGGGGAAAGAUUAGCAAAAGUGCUGUACUUUCUACAAAAUGCAAAAGGGUCUGGGUUGGCUCCAUUUGAUUGUUGGCUCUGCUUACAAGGAAUUAAGACAAUGGCUUUACAAAUUGAGAAGCAGCAGGUGAAACUUCAUGCUUUUAUCACUUUAUAA